AAGCCCGGGGGCGGGCGCCGGGGCGCAGAGCGGUCGCAACGCCGGCUGGAGCGCAGCGCGGCGCAACGCAGCUCGGCACGCACGGCGGGACCGACCCGCGAGUGGACGGGCCCGGCGGCUGGACCGGCGCCCCUGCUGCCCCGCUCGCUCGCCGUCGUCCCCAAUGAGCGCGGCCCCACGCGGCCCGGGUCCGUAGGCGGCGGGGCGCCCCCCAUGCUGCUGCAGCCCGCGCCGUGCGCCCCAAGCGCGGGCUUCCCGCGGCCCCCGGCCGCCCCCGGCGCCAUGCACGGCUCGCAGAAGGACACCACGUUCACCAAGAUCUUCGUGGGCGGCCUGCCCUACCACACCACCGACGCCUCUCUCAGGAAGUACUUCGAGGGCUUCGGGGACAUCGAGGAGGCCGUGGUCAUCACCGACCGCCAGACGGGCAAGUCCCGCGGCUACGGCUUCGUGACUAUGGCCGACCGGGCGGCAGCUGAGAGGGCUUGCAAAGACCCAAACCCCAACAUCGACGGCCGCAAGGCCAACGUGAACCUGGCAUAUCUGGGUGCCAAGCCACGGAGCCUCCAGACGGGCUUUGCCAUCGGUGUUCAGCAGCUGCACCCCACCUUGAUUCAGCGGACUUACGGGUGA